AUGGCCGCUUUCUUGGGCGGUGUGGUCGCGCAGGAGGUCGUCAAAUUCACAGGCAAGUACACGCCAUUGCACCAGUUCCUCUACCUGGAUAUGUUCGAGCUUUGCCCAGCAUCAGAGCCACCGGAUUGGAAGCCUCUGGGCAGCCGCUACGACGACCAGAUUGCGAUCUUCGGGUCCGCCAUUCAGCAGGCCAGUGAUGAGGUUUCAGAAUUUCGGCUAAGAUGCGGUGUCACCUUGUGA